AUGUCUCUCAAUGUCAAGCAUGACCCCGAGGAGGUCUCUCUGUCCCAGUCAACCCUCCACAACAUGGAUCACAUUUCCCACUGCAGACACAGCCAAUUAGCCCAAGGAAUCUCCAAUAUGGCCCCCAGAAUGAUCCCGGAUGAUGAACUUUCGAGCCAGGAUAGUUUCUCCUUGACUUCUAGCACACACCAGAGCCGUGGAACCCCCACCGACCUCAAGCCGUGGGGUUUGAAUGAUGUGGAUGCCCUUGACAGCGGUCUCGUCUCGUCAAGCAAACCCGAAUCCCCUGAGGUCCAGAUGCUUUCUUUCUCCAUGUCCCAACAAAUGAUGCCUUCCACCGUGGGACCCAGUGAUGUAGUCUAUCACACCGGAUCUGAGUUCCCCAUGGGAGAUCACAAUGACCUGGACUUCUCCAAUACGCAGGAUUUCAACCACCACUAUUCCUCGCUGGUGGACUUGUCUGCGUUUGAUAAUGAUGCCAAUGGCCAAAAUGGGAACCAGUCCUGCCCCUCGGAUGAUAAUCUCUCUAGCCAUAGCUCGCACGAUGAUGGCCACAUGGCCGCGAGCGAGAUGUGGAACUCGAUGGUGGCGGACACCCGGAAUUACCAGGGGCACUUUGUCCCCGGCAUGUUCCCGACCGUGCCCGUGUCGCCCCCGCUGACCGAGGGCGGGAAUGACCUCGCCGUCACCACCUCUUGCUCCCACUCUGGAUAUCCCACGUUCAUGUCUCACGAAGAUGCCAUGCUGAAGGAUGUGACGGCGACCCCCGUUGGAAGCCAGGGCAUUAACCUAGGCGACCCGCUGUUCCCCCUGACGCCGCCUCUCACCGACCAGGACCCGAACAGGACCAUCCGCCCGUCGAAGAGUGCCCGGAGACCUACCAUCCAGACCUCUCCCUCUCAGCCCCCGGCGAAACAGGAGCCGGAGUUCUUCCCGCCCCUUCCCGUGAAGGAGCCGCUGCGCCAGCGAGCCAAAGAAGCCACCGACCUCAGGAAUCCCCGUGAUCAUCCGUACUAUGCCUUGCCGACCCACAGUGAUGGAAAGUACUACUGCCCGUUUGCCAAUGGAGACCGCCCGUGCAACCACCCCCCGACUACCCAGAAAUGCGCAUACCACAAAUACCUGGACUCCCACUUGAAGCCCUACCGCUGCAGGAUCCCCGCCUGCAUGGAUGCCCAACUCCAGUUCUCCUCCAAUGCCUGCCUGUUCCGCCACGAACGGGAGGCCCACGGAUUGCAUGGCCACGGUGACAACCCACACCUGUGCCUCUUCGAGGGAUGCGACCGCUCCGUUCCCGGAUUCGGAUUCCCGCGUAGGUGGAAUCUCUUUGACCACAUGAGACGGGUUCACGACUACGCCUCGUCGGACCGCCUGAGCUCCCCGGAUGCCUCUCCCACCAGUGGCCAGCCCCCGAAGAAGAAGGACAACGGGCGCAAGCGCCGAGUCCCCGGGGUUUCGACGGGCGCGCAGACCAUGAAGCGCACCCGCUCCACCCAGUCCCAGACCAAUCCCCUCAAAGCGGUCCAGCAGUCCUCUGCCCACCACGGACAGCGACUGCAGAACGCGGAGCGCAACUACUACAACUGCCGCUGCCGUCUGCUGGAGGAGCUCAGCAACAUCAGCCCACAGGACUCGUCCAUGCACGACAAGGUCAAUGCCAGCCUCCAGGAGCUGAUCACCUUGGGAUUGAACUACCGUCACAUCGAAGCCAGCCAGGCUGCCAGCCACAUGCCCCACGGUCUUCCCGCUUGA